GCCCGAUAGAUUCGCGCCAUUCUCGCUCGACAACUCCCGCAUUCCUCGCUUUUCCUCAACCUGUCAUACUGUGUCCCGUCACUUUUGACGUUUCUGCACCGUAUCUUGACGUAUUCCUCAAGUGCCUGCUCAGCAACCUGCAACACAACAACAGAUUCAACAUAGAACGGAGGACGCCGGACAUACAACCAGACCAACUAGACCAACCCAUCGACCCGACAACAUACAGCGACAACACUUAUCCCCUGCGUAACGGCCGGACAAUCAUGAUUUACCUUGUCCCACGUCUCGGCUCUUCGCUCGCAAGCUAAGACGAUUGCACGAUCCCUGGCAUGCCUGGUCUAGGCGAGACUCCAUUCCUCUGGUCGACCCUUCUCCCGUAUCUGCAGCCAUGGACAAAUCACAGAACACCAGCAACGGCAACGGCAACGGCGCCACGGAUGCCAGUCGAUUUUCCCAUCCCCCCCUCUCCCGCGAGUCGUCGACCACCAUGACCCCGAGGACGGACUCUUGGCCCUCCAAGCUGGCAUCCCAGUCCUCCCAUACUUCGGCGCAGUCAUCUGCGGCACCCUCGCCCCUUCCCUCGCGAGAACCCUCCCCAUCCAGGCCCGCAAGACACAACAACGCCUCGAGGGCGUCGUCGACGGGACCGAGCGCCAGGUCACGGAAGAAUAGUCAACAAGACCCCAGUCCUACACGCUCGACCAAGUCUAGUAUACCCACGCCAGCAACAGGUCUGAAAACACUGUCUGCUACCACGACUCCCAUCCUCCUCCCUGCUCCGGCCGAUUCACUCGCCAAUGCGCCCGUGCCACAGAAGCCGUCCGGCACGACUGACAUGCUGAGAGACACGCGCCGCUGGCCUGUCUCGCCGAGACUACGCUCACCCCCUCCCAUCCUCCACAAGCCGGUCCUUCCCCCGCCUCGCAAGGGAGAGCACGAGACUCCGGUGAUCAAUGUUCAGCGGUCUACGCCGUCUCCGCAGCGGGCGAACCCGGACCUGAUCUGUGACCUGGACCCGGACGACUCUCACCUGCAGUCUGGCAUGAGAACACCUGCGCGUGGAUCGACCUUGGAAACUGUUCAGGAAGCGAGCCCACUUACAUCCCCGAAGCAACAGGACUUGGACGAUGCGUUGGAGAAGCUUGAAGAUAGCAGCAUCAUCUCCGAUAUUUCCACCUCCCAGCCCGAAAAGGCCAAUUCCCCGGCAAACGAGAGCGGGAGCGAGACCGGCAGCGUCAAGAUGGAAAUGCGAUCCGGCGCGACUGGUGCGGCGCCGCCGCCGCUCACGACAAGGCAGUCAACCGCUUCAAUUAAGCAUGCUGUCUCCAAGAGCAAGAACGAGGUGCCGUUACAGAGCAUGACAGUCGAGACCGAAACAGUCACGUCGAUACCCCAGCUCGCCCAGCUCGCCCUCGAACAAGGCGUCGGCCCGCAGGGAACAAACGGCAGCCUCAGGACGAAGCCGAGCUCAGAGACGAUCCGCCCCAAGAAGGAGAAGAAGAAGACGAUGAGGAAGUCGCCGGCAGUCAGCAGCGGCACUGGUGAGCCUCCAAAUCUCAAGUUCAAUAAUGUCUUCCAGCCUAGGCUGUGGCAUCACCAUCAGUUGACCAGACCUCCUUCUCGGUCGACGGACGCACGCAUUUCUCACACGAGACCGUGCGGCCUUUAUGAUGGCGCGAUAAGUCCUCGGUCGUCUCAUUCGCCGAACGCUCUGAGCCAGAGCUUGAUUCUGUACCAUAUGAACACUCUGCUGACUAGACCACGUCCAGUAUCUUCGAAGGCUGAUAUCUUCGAGGCAAAGGUCGCAAGUGCCGUCGAGGAAGCAAACUCGUCGGACUCGGAGGAGACUUUUGUCUACGACUCGAAUCCGCCAGACGGCCGCGAUCGUCCCCACCAUAGGUUUCACUCGCGCACGCCGAGCGCGACCUCUAUGAUAAGCCAGAUCGACCGAAAUGGCAUGCGAUCCAUCCCUGGCGUGUUGGAGAACGUUGGCCUGGGAGUCGGGGUGACGAAGAAGAACAUGAAGUUCGUCAACGUAAACGCCCUCAACCCCAACGGGACCGACAUCGCUCUCGGCGACGACGAUGGACGAGGCACCGGGAGGAGCAACGCUGGCUCCGGGCGCGGCACCGCGCGGCACCACCACCACUUUGGCCGAUGGGGCCGCAACAGCGGCGGCAGUCACCGCUCCAUCUUUGCCGACGAAUCUCCUUUCCACAACUCAGCCAGUCCGCGCUCUUUACUAGUGGCGACUAAUUCUAGACAAUCCUCGGGGCCGCCCAGUCCCCGAUAUAAUUCUGGCCGCGGGGCCGAUAGUGCCAGCAGGAGGGGGCCGCCCAUGAUGGCAGGCUACGACCUGGACGACACGACAACAGGCGCCGACGACGAGAGGACGCCUCUGAUCCAUUCGACCAUGCGGUCUUCGCGGUCGGGGAGGAGCCGACGGACGCCACUCACUGCACGACCCCUCGAGCACCGGAGCUACCAUCAGCCGCCCUCGUUCCUAAACCGGUUCGCGAGCUGCCUGGUCUUGACCGUCAUGCUCGUCCUCGUCAUUUCUGGGGCGAUUGGGUUUAUGUUUGCGACGUCGCAGCCGCUCACGGAAAUCGAGUUGAUCGGCAUGAAGAACGUCCUUGCCAGCGAGCAAGAGCUGAUGCUCGACAUUACUGUCAAGGCGAAGAACCCCAACGUCGCUGUCGUGGUCAUCGAUUCGGCGGAUAUCGAGGUCUUUGCCAAGUCUCCUCAUGCAGGGACAGAUUCGGAAUGGUGGCGUCGACCCCACGACUCUGGCACCUUCUCGGCUCGGAGGAAACGGGACCGCGAUGUUCAUGCUCAGGAUGACCCUCCGGAUGACCCGCCUCCGGACAACAACGCGCCCAACAUGAGGCUCGGGACGAUCCGCCGGUUCGACAGUCCCCUGUCCUUCGAGGGCUCCUUCUUCCACCAGGGCAUAUCGUCGUCGACGGGCGAAGUCAGGCUUCACAGACCAGGCAAUACCACGGACGGCGGCUCGGAGCGGUGGGAACGCAUUCUCGAGGACGAGUUUGACCUGAUCCUCAAGGGCGUUCUGAAGUACUCGCUGCCCCUGAGCCAGCGCGUUAGGAGCGUCGCCAUCUCAGGUCGCACCCACGUCAAGCCAAACUCGGCGAACGACCCGACGCCCAACCCCAACGGUACCGACUUCUCCAUCCACUUCUAGAACGGGCGAUCCGGAAAGGGGGAGCACGCUGCAUAUUCUGCAUAUUCUGCACACCAACACACUUUCACGUACACACUACACCAUUACUUCCCUUUGUCGAUUUCCUCGAGUUGAAUUUUGGCUUUUCGCUUUCUCACUUUUCCCCCUGGUUUUACUUUUUUGCAUUUCCUGUAUAUUGAGCGAGCAUGGCAUCAUGGGCAUAUUCCCCAGGAGCUCGGGCGUUGGAUGACGACAAGAAAAGAUAAAAGACUCGGGGAAGCAAUUUCUACCAGAGCGAGAUGCUCAUUUUAUGACCCAGCCAGCAGCAGACAGACAGAUCGAGUCUCUGGCUCUUGGCUGUU